AUGCCCCUCUCCUACAUCCAAAGCGCCACCAUUGGCCUCACCUUUGGUGUUGUUGGAGUAGUCGUUGGCUCCUUCCUCCUCACCUCAGUGAGGAAAUGCUUCUCUGCCGCUCCCUCUCCCGUCCCCGCCCCAGCCGCUUCUGUUGUCACCCCAAGGGGCAGUAUGGAUAUCCCUCUGCUCCCAAUAGAGCCCCCGGCUGCUAUUGUCGUGCCUUCCCGCCGACACACCGUCGCUGCGCAGGAUGUUCUUCGAUCUGUUGUUGAUAGCACGUGA